AUCCACUCAGUGGGUGGCGGAGGCGGUGGUCGCUGCGCGCGCUAGUGCGGGGCGGGCUGGAGAGCUCCCGGAGUCAGGGCGUCGCUAGAAGACUGCGACGACCGACACAAGCACAACCGCUGCAUUUGGUGCAGUAGCACUGCGCGUGCGCAAGCAACAAUCUUAACCUUCGUCAUCCGUGAAGGUCAAACCCAGUCACGAGCGUCUGACACCAUGCAGACCAGAGGAGCGCCGCCACCGCUGCCUCUGCUGCUGCUCCCGCUGCUGCUACUGCCGGCGGCGCGCGGCGUCCACAUGCUCUGGCAGCUCUCGGACGUGCACGUGGACGGCGAGUACGCGGCGACGGGCGCCGCCGCCGCCUGGUGCCGGCCGGAGACGGCCGGCCAGGGCUCCGAGCACUGGUUCGGCCAGCCCGGCUGCGGCCUGCCGUGGCGCACCGUCCAGUCGGCCGUCGACACCAUGCGCGCCAACCUGCCGGGCGCCGACGCCGUGCUGUGGACGGGCGACACGGCGCCGCACUGGCCCUACCCCGACUGGACGCACGUGUUCCCCAAGCUGAGGCGUCUCGCCGACAUGCUGCGCACGGCGUUCCCAGAGGCGCAGAUCGUGCCCGUCAUCGGCAACCACGACGCCUACCCGAGCGACCAGUUCCCGUCCGACAACGGCACCUUCUACCACGAGUACCUGGAGCAGAGCGGCUGGAGCGAGCUGCUGCCGGAGUCGGCGCGGCGCACCUUCCGCCGCGGCGGCUACUACGCCGUCGACGUCGGCGACCUGCGCGUCAUCGUGCUCAACACGGCGCUCUACUACUACCGCAACCGGGACCUGCGCCACACCGGCGACGACCCGGCCGGCCAGCUGGCCUGGCUGGACGACCAGCUGGCCGCCGGCCGGCCCACCAUCGUCACGGCGCACAUCUCGCCCGGCUUCCACCACGGCAGCGUCAACCAGACGAGCCUGCGCUCGCCGCACAACUACCAGCUGUGGCGGCGGCUCAACCGCGCCGGCCUCAGCACGCGCAUCGCCAACAUCUUCGGCCACGAGCACAUGGACACGUUCCAGAACGUGUACCGCCGAGACAUCCGGCUCGAGCAGCACACGUCGGCGCUCAACACGUACUUCAUGGGCCCGAGCCUGUAUCCCGGCGCGCGCAGCCGCCCCCGGAACCCGGGCGUGCGCGUCUACACCGUGGUCAGCGACCGCGUGCUCAACGACUACAUCCAGUAUCACUUCGACCUGGACGCGGCGAACCGCGCGCACUUGCGCGACCCGGAAGUGUCGCCGGCCAAGUUCUGGAACAUCACCUACCGCAUGCGCCAGGCGUACGGCCUCAACGACCUCACCACCAUGUCCAUGCACCUGCUCUUCAAGAUGAUGAAGGAGGACGACGCCGUGUUCAAGAAGUACUGGCGAUUCGCCGGGGGACUCCACGACCAGCAUCCAGCAUGUGACGCCAAGUGCAAGAAGGAACGGCUGUGCAUCAUCAGCACUCAGGUGGACGCAGCCAUGGAGGAGUGCCUCGCCGGCGUCGGCCAACUGCUCGCCUCGCUCGGUCUUGUGCUGGCCGCCGGCCUGCUCGCCCGACUCGCCGCGUAGCGCGCGGAGCGAGGCGCCGACCGAGCGCCGCGCCGGCCCGCUCCCGCACAGGGCGCGAAGUUGAG